AUGUUGGCCACGUUAUCCGGGCUUGUCCUAUUGGCCUUACUAAACUCUACUUCGGCAUGCACUUUGGAUAACUUCAAUGUAACAGUUGGAGGACGCAUCAAACACCUCACUCCUUUCUCUUUGCCUUGUUUCUCCAGCUAUAAUGGGAAACCGGUCGCUCGCGAUAAUGCGGCCUGCGCUGCUAUCCAGGCGAACUACGCAGAUCCAUGGCUGCGAACAAAUUCGCCUAAUGGCUACAUGAACAACCAGGAUGAAAUGUGGGCAUCCGAUCCUAGUGACCAGUGUCUCCUCGACAGCAGCAAUCCCAUAGAUCCCUUGGCGUUCGUGAAUACCACCUGCCGUCAGGGCAAUUUACCCUCUCACUAUCUUGAAGUCCAAAGCGCAAGGGAUGUGAUUGAAGCUUUUAAGUACUCCAACUGCUCCGGCAAGCAGCUCGUCGUCAAAAAUAGUGGCCAUGAUUACCUCACCCGCAGCAGUGGCCGUGAUACGCUAUCCCUUUGGACGCGAAACCUGCGAUCGAUGCACUACAGUGCGAGCUUUGCUCCCCGCGGCUCCAAGGAUACUGCUCGCAGAUAUAAAGCUAUCACCGUCGGCGCCGGAGUCAACUUCGACGAGGCGUACAAAUUUGCACAGAAAAACAAUGUAACCAUACUUGGCGGCUACUCACCCACCGUCGGUGUCUCAGGCGGCUGGGUGCAAAACGGCGGCCAUUCCAUCUUGAGCCCCGUGUACGGUCUCGGUGUUGACCGUGUCCUCGAGUUCAAGAUCGUUACCCCAGAUGGUGUCUACCGCACUGCCAAUGAAUUCCAGAACCCCGACCUCUUCUGGGCCCUCCGCGGUGGCGGUGGUGGAACCUUUGGCGUAGUCCUCGAAAGCACUCACCAUGUCGAGCCUGCGAUCCGCUUUGUUGCUGCCAACAUCAAGUUCCCCAGUAACUCCACCAACGUGCUUCCGUUCAUGGAGAUCGUCGUCAACAACACCCUUAAAUGGGGACAGGAAGGGUGGGGCGGCCACAUCACCGGUAACACGCUCGUCAACGUUUCUCCUUUCCUUUCCAUCAAGCAAGCCAAGGUCUCACUGGCAAGCGUAAUCGCCUAUGCCAAAGCAAACGGCGGCUCCGCCACCAUCGAAGAAUUCACUUCUUGGUACCCCUUUUACGAGAAAUACGUCAAGACCACCUCUGUCGCUGUCGGUGUCACUCGCUUCCCCGGAAGCCGACUGAUCCCCCGCUCCAUCUUCAAGACUCAUGAGGGUCGCAAGAACCUCAUGGACUACUUCGCAAUCAUCCAAUCACUGGGCCAGACGCCUUACAUCCCUGUCGUCGGACCAGUGCUGUACAACUACACCGAAGGAUCAACUAGUGCUUCUCCCGCCUGGCGUGAAGCUAUCUGGGAGUUGGGAUCUGGUGCCUCCUGGGAGUGGAAUGCUACCCUUCCCACCCGGAAACAGAAGAUCAAGUCCAUUCAAAACAUGACCGCCGUUAUUGAGGGCAUUACCCCUGGCAGUGGCGCGUACAGCAACGAGGCCAACCCGUUCACGACUAAUUGGGUCGAGGCAUGGUGGGGUGAUAACUAUGAGAGAUUGGUGAGCAUUAAGAAGAGAUAUGAUCCCAAGGGUUUGUUGAGUUGCUGGAAGUGUGUUGGCUGGAAGGAGUCACAGGUUGCCGAUUCGUCCUUCGGUGGGCUGCUUUGA